GUUUCAGUUUCGACGACGAUUACAACUGCAUCAUGCCGCCCUCCAUGUCCCUUCUAAAAUAAUGCGGUGAAUAUUUUUCUUCAUUUUCUAAUUUCUAUUUCUAUCUUUACAACUGGAAUCAUCUAAAAGAACAACCAAGUCCUGCAAUUAUUAUCACAAAAAUGUCGUGUGAGUGUAGCUCGGCGUUUCUGCUGGGGUUCCCCGAACCCGUGGUGGAGAGCGAUCGGCAGAUUUUGUUUGCCGUGUACCUGCUGAUGCUUUCGACGUUCAUGUACGGCUUCUCUUAUUGGCUGGUGGAGGCGACGGCGGUCAUCAAGCUGACGGACGAAUUUGGGGGGAACGCCGAAGACUUCGGGUGGCUCCAGGCGGUGUUUGGCGUGACGCAGAUUAUCGCCUCCCUGGUGUUUAUCGUAUAGAAAAAACUGUUUCCCUGUAAACAAGAUUUUGCAAGUUUUGCAUUACAAGUUUGCUACACAUUACAAAGAAAACUUGCCAUGCGAGGAUCCUAAGGGAAAACACCGCGAAAAAUCACUUGUCUUGCAUGUGUAGCAAGACAAACACUUCAGUGAUGCAUUUUCUGCAUCACAAGUUCACAGUGAAACAGUUUUUUCUUGCGAUAGUGUUCGGGCACCUGGUGGACCGGAUCGGGCCGAAGAUCAUCCUGAUCGUGGCUUUCACGUUUGGCAACGCGAGUUUCAACCUUGCCUUUGUGCUGGCGCAGAACAUGAUCGGGCUGUAUGUGGCCCGCAUCCCGGGGCUGUUCAUGUCGGCCAUGCUGGUCACGUCCGCGAUGAUCGCGAAAAUCCACGCCCAGGCCUGCCUGAACUACAAGGCGGCGAACAAAAUCCGCGCCCUGCGCCGGGGAGAGGACCCCGAGGACGAGCAGCUGACGGUGAUUGACGCCAUGCGGAGUGUCGUCGUCGCGCUGUCUCGCGUCUACAUCAUGUACAACCUGGGCCGCGUGGUGGGCGCGUUUCUCGGCGGCUACGUGACGGAGAAGGCCGGCGUGCGCACGCCUUUCUGGAUCGGGUUCGGGCUUUCGAUCGCCAUGGCGAUUAUUCUGCUCGCGUUUCUCCCGACGGUCUCGGAACUGCAGGAAGGUUCCCAAACGGAGAUCGUCGCGCUCGGGCGGAAAAGUGCGGAGCAGAUGUCCGCGGAGACGCAGGGCGCGCUCGCAGUGCCUCCGUUGGCCGGAGGAGGGCUAGGCGCCGUCGAGCGGUCGCGCUCGCCCGUCGUGCAGCGCACGCAGUCCAUCGAGGGGGUGGUACGGCAGCACUCGGGGCACGCCAGUGUCGUGGCGACCACGGGACUCGGAGGUGCCACGACGACCCGAAGUACCCCCCGCCGGGACCACGAGGAAACCGACUUGCUGGAGCGUUCUGCGGAGGAGCAGGCGGGCGUGCAGACAGAGCAGGAGCAGCCGCAGAGCUUCUACGAGCUGUUUCUCACGAAUCCGGUGCUGCGUGGCAUCUUCCUGGUGGAGCUGGCGUUUUCCUUCGGGAAGCUGAUGUUUUUUACCAGUCAGCAGAACAUCACGGACAAGGUGCUGGGCUUCAAGUCGAGCGAACAGGGGGUGUUCAUCGCUGCAAACGCCGCCGCAGUCAUCGUCGCCAAUGCGAUCUUGCUCUACCCGUUCACGCUCUGUUUCAGUAACGACAAGUGGAUCUUUCUCCUCAACGCAUCGCUGGCGCUGGGUUUGUUCGUCUUUUACGGCGAGGUGCAGACUAUAGCGGAGCAGGCGAACAUCACCACGCAGGCGAGCAAGCUGGCCUUCUACAUCACGAUCUCGAGCAUUUUGGGGAUGUUUCUGUCGGUCGGCGAAACCGUACUGGUGACCAUGAUGUCCCUAUGGAGAGAAAAAAGUUUGUCACAGUCACUGUCUUGGGGGUUUUGCAUUACAAAUUUUUUUAGCAUCACAACUUUUCUUUGCAUUGCAGAAACACUAAGGGAAAUCCCUUAUGAAAAAGGCUCUGAUGCAUUUUUACGCAUGACAGGCAUUUUUUGUAUUGCAAAAAUACUCAUGAGUGGUCGUGACGAACUUUUUUCUUCUGAUAGUCCCUGUCCGUCAGCACGGUGAACAAGGGCAACGCCAUCGCCAUGACCCACGUGGUGUACGUAUUACAGUGAAAAAUGCCCCCACCCCCAAAGUUGCAAAAAUUUUUGAUGCGAAGUUCCCAAAUGAAACUUUUUUGUCAUGCAUGAAAGGAGUAUGAAUCUUUCUGAUGCAGAGUCUCGGCGUGUAUCGCAUCGCUUGCAUGAGAAGCACCGCUCUUGCUGGGGUCUCUUGCAAUACAAAUUUUUGCUCUUCACGGUUGGAAAUCUGUGAUGCAGAUAGAUGCAGGAUGGCGAAUGUUUCAGUUGGAAAGGUUUGCAAUACAAAUGCUCCCAAGUUCGGGGGUGGGGGCACUUUUCAUUGUGAUAGUACGGCGUUGCAGAGAUCUUGGCGCCGAUUCUCGCCGGCGUCUUGGUAGAGCGGACCACGAACAAAAUGUUGUCGGUCGGCCUCGCAGGUGCUGGAUUUAUGGCCCUCGCGUUCUUGAUGGGCACAGUGCUGGUGCCGAAGAUCGAACGGGACAAGGCCGAGGUAAAUCUCUCGGUGCAGCUCGAUGACGGAGUCAACUACAAUGACGAGUCGGGCGACGUCGCCAGCAAGGGCGAAAAUAAGAGUCUCAAGGAUAAGGCUCCAGUAAGUACCGACCUGUCAUGAAUAAAUCUUGACCAGUCACUGUUGGUUCGUGUCCCUGAUUGUUAGUUUAGUUGGCGGAGAGCAGAUUUAUAUAUUCUGUAAUCACACCGCCACCUGAUGCUUAUCGUUAUCUCACUUCCCUGUUUGUCACUGUUGACCCACCAGGUACAAACAGGGCAUGUCUUUUUAGACCGAAUGCUGUAACGGAGGGUGCGCUUCCUGUUUAGGGAUGCAUACACUCAUCCCUCGACAUCGACAUUCUGGCUUGUAUUGUAAUUGCACCAUUUGGUAGUUUCAGUUGUAAAAUUAAAGCUUUCAUUCUCAGUUUUCAUGUAGUUGGUAAAAAUUUCCCAUUCCCACUCUACGUACUAGUAACCGCUUUUUUUCUUAAAAUUGAUUGACCAUUCAUAUGGGGGCGUCAAACUUGUAUUUGCCUCAGACCGUAAAAAAAUUUCUGCGCGCAUUUUUUCGCGGCGGGAAGCUAGUAAACCUGUGCCCGCAAGUGAGGGGCUGACUCGAGCGCGGUUUGUUUUAGCUAGCUUGUCAGCAGCAGUGCUCUAGUAGGUAAGUGAGUAUUGACGCG